CAGGCCGCGACCAGUGAGAGCGAGCGAGCGAGGAGGAGGAGAAGAAGAAGAAGAGCAGCUCCACAGGGUAGGCAAGAAAGGGACAGAGCUGACCAGAGAGGGGGAUGAAAAAAGCUCUCUCCUUUCUCCAUUAAAAUCGAAGCCGAGCUCUGCCCACCUCUUUCUUCUCUCCCCUCCCUCCUCCCCUCUCGUCUUUCCAUUGAAUUUCGCGCUCCUCUUCUCUCUCUGCCCCUCUCUGUCUCGAUCCUUUCCGUACGUGCGGCGACGCGGCCGGCGUCCUCGGAGACCGAGCAGCUCGCUGAUCGACUGCGAUCGGAACUUCUCUCGAGGAUCGUCAAGUCCUGGGCCUUGUCAGUCGCUCUGCUCUCUCUCUCUCUUCUUUUCCUGUUUCGGUCCAGCGCUUGUGUCGGUCGAGUAGUUGACACCCCUGUCCGGUUCUUGAUUUUCUUGGGAGGUCCGUAGCUGAUUGUAGAGGGGUUAGUUUCUUGGGUUCUUGAUUUUCUUGGGAGGGUUUAUAGCUGGUUUCGUUUCGUUAGUCGCGGCUGAUCGUGUUUUAUGUGGGAUCUUGUUUCUGGGCUGGGGAGUUUCGUCCAGUUGAAUUCGUUGUUCUGUCUGAUUUGCGGUGAUCAGGUCGUUGGCAAGGUGAAGGGACGGUCCGAAGCUAUAUCUCUCGUGGGGUCUGUCGUGAGUCCGUGUGAUUGUUAUCUCAGUUCUGGAUUUUCCCGGGAUUGUCAAUUGUCAUUUCCUCAAUCCGAUUGUCUGUUGGUGUUUUUUGGAGCUUCUGCUUUGUUGGGUCAUCUGGGAAUUUGGAUGUCAGUUUCUUGUGCUUAGAGUUCCCUUCGUAGCCGCCUCUACUUUUCAAUUCUGGAAACUUAGCUGAGAGUCCCGGGGAACUUCUCCGUACUUUCUUGCUCGCCCGCCUUCGACUUUUUGCUUCGGACUCUUGAACUUUCAACUCCCCUCUCUUUGAUUUCGAGUCAUUGAUAGUUUAAGCCAAGGCGCUGUCUCUUGUAAAGCUGGGAGAAAUUCCUAGCAAAAAAGUCUUCUUCUGAAGCAAUCCAUUUCUGUGCCAUAGUCGCUGUGCAGAAGUUGGUGCACAGUGGAGUCGAUGGAGAUUUCACGACACUUCCUUCGGAGAGUAAACUUGGUUUACCAAAUGAGGGGGAAAGGUUCUUGAAUUAAGCCAAGAUUUCUGUGUGAGCCAUAUCCAGAGUUUCCUAGUUUGUGUUUUCUUGGUACUUUUUGAGCAAUUCCAUUGUUUCUGUCGAAAUGGGGGAUUGCGAACCCACCCUUGUAAACCAUGAAAUGGAGCAUCACAUAGUUGCAGCAGCUCAGCACCUCAUAAUGGCACUGAGAGCAAGUACAAACCUGAACAUUGAUGACAUGAGAAGUUUCCUCUCCAAUGUUGAAGCUCGUCUUUCCACAAAGUCCACGCCUAUUGAGAGCAGGGGCGGGCCGUUGAUGGACAUGGAAGAGCAGCUCAGACAGUGUGAGAUAGUGAUCAUGAGAUGGGAGGCUAACCAGUCACUGAUAUGGGACUCUAGCUCAGAGGAAACCUCAGAGUAUAUGAAUGCUGCUGCUGAGAUUCAAAAAUUAGUAGAGAAUUUAGAAAGCGUUUCUCCCAUAAGGAAUGGGAAGCAGAAGGAACUUCUUCUUCGUGCUCAAAACAUCUUGCAGAGAGCAAUGUCGAGGCUCACGGAAGAGCUGAGGCACAUUCUUGUCUUGUAUAAGGAGUACCAUGAGCCCAGAUACAUGUCAUGCCGCUCUUUUGUGGAGGAUGUGGUGUAUGAUGAAUCGUUUGCUUCCAUAGAGGAUGAAGCAGCUGAGUUAACAUCUCAUGCGGAGGAUGGGGGCAGUGCAUCAGCAGAACGUCGGGUAAGUCUGAUCCGCCCCGAUAUGGUCCCUGCUCUCAAGUCAAUUGCACAGGUGAUGUUUUCAUCAAAGUAUGAUCAGGAAUUUUGCCAAGCUUAUGUUAGCAUCCGGAAAGAAGCGCUGCAUGAGUACUUGGUCAUUCUCAAAAUGGAGCAGUUGACAAUUGAAGAUACUCUGAGAAUGGAUUGGGAUAAGAUGAGCAAUGAGAUAAAGAAAUGGGCGUGGGCUAUGAGGAUCAUCGUACGAGUCUAUCUUGCUAGUGAAAAACAUCUUUGCAAUGAGGUUCUAGGAGAGUUUGGUUCCGUUAACUCGGAAACCUUUGUCGAAAUCACCAAGGCUUCGAUGCUGCUUUUCUUGAACUUUGGUGAAGCCAUAAUAAUGUCACCACGUCAACCGGAGAAGUUAUUUCGCGUGCUUGACAUGUAUGAGGUCCUUGCUGAACUCUGUAAUUACGUAGAUGCUUUAUACUCAGAAUAUGCCGGUGCUUCCUUCAGAAUUGAGUUUCAUGAUCUUCUGGCCAGUGUGGGUGAUUAUGCAAGAGGCACAUUUGCUGAAUUUAGGAACCGCGUUGCUCUAGACAGGUCUCAGAAGCCUUUUGGCGGAGGUGGGAUUCAUCCUCUUACCAAGUAUGCCAUGAACUACAUCAAGGUCCUUUCUGCAUAUAGAGGCCCCCUUAAUUUGCUUCUUUGUGAUCGAGAGGUAAAAUGUCUGGAGCCUUGUCUUGGAAUCGAUAACGAGGAGGAAUGCUCUGCAGACAGUUCAUGUGCAUUGGCUGUCCAUUUGAGGUCACUGGUGUCUGUUUUAGAGUCGAACCUUAUCGAGAAGUCCAAGCUAUUCAAGGAUACUUCUAUACAGCAUAUAUUUCUUAUGAAUAAUAUCCAUUACAUGGUUCAAAAGAUAAAAGACUCCGACCUCAGGCGUUACUUUGGGGACGAGUGGAUCAGGAAGCAUAUCGGUAAAUACCAGCAGCACGCGACGAGUUAUCUAAGAGCCACGUGGAGUUCUGCUCUUUCUUUGCUCAAGGAUGGUGGAAACCAGGCUUUGAGCUUCUGUAAGCCAACUUUCAGAGAACGGUGUAAGGCGUUCUGUCUUGCUUUCGAGGAAGUCUACAAGUGCCAGACAAGGUGGAUCAUCCGGGAUCCUCAGCUCCGGUCGGAUAUGCAGAUUGCAACUACACAGAAAGUGAUCCACGCGUAUCGGACGUUUCUCGGUGUGAAUUUAGGUUCUAUCGGGGAGAAGUACAUCAAGUACACUGCUGAUGACAUGGAGAACUACAUUUUGGAUCUUUUCGAAGGAUCCCCAAAGUCAUUGCCCCAUCCAUGGAAGAAGUGAAUUCAUUUUACAGUUAGCUCUUCCAAUUCCUGUCCUUUUGUCUUUGUUAUACCGUAUUGCAAUCAAUGUACAUGCCUUUUAUUAUUUCACACGUCCUGGUGUAGAUUGUUCACGAGAACUUCUCAUCUACGUCGUAUCUCGUGUGAUUAUAGUCCAACUGGGAAUUUAUAUGCACAACUUGAUUGUUGUAACACUCUCGCUUUCUGUGUAUAUAAAUCAUGUUCCUCUC